GAGGCUGACGAGGGCCGGUUGGGGUGUCGCCUCGGCCCUUGGGUCCUUUCCCCAGAGCAGUUUCCCCGAGAUUGCAGCCCCUAACCGGCUCGGACUCGUGGCCAAGUGUGCUUUAGUAGACUGCAGACUUUGGGCCCCAUGAGGAAAUAUUUUACUGAGUUUGGUGACAUACAUCUGAAAUUCUAGCACUGGGGAAACUGAGGCAGCAAGAUGGCAAGUUUGAAGCCAGCCUGAGCUACAUAUUAUGUUAACUUUGUUCUAGAAGACGGCUUGAAAAGGACCUAGAAGGAACACAGUUGAUUAAAGAUGACUAAACACUGGUCUCCAGACAUUUAAAACAAUCAGUCAAUACAGGCUACUCUGUCAUCAUUGAAAAUGUUAGAUGUGGGAAAGUGGCCAAUUUUUUCCCUUUGUUCUGAGGAAGAAUUGCAGCUAAUUCGUCAGGCUUGUGUCUUUGGCAGUGCUGGCAAUGAAGUUUUAUAUACUACAGUAAAUGAUGAGAUUUUUGUGCUUGGCACAAACUGCAAUGGCUGUCUGGGAGUAGGAGACAUUCAGAGUACCAUUGAACCUCGAAGACUGGAUUCUUUAAGUGGCAAAAAGAUAUCUGGCCUCAGCUAUGGGAGUGGCCCCCACAUUGUCCUUGUUACAACAGAUGGAGAAGUUUUUACUUGGGGUCAUAAUACAAAUGGUCAACUUGGCAAUGGAACAACUAGUCAUGGUUUAGUGCCCUGCCACAUCUCCACUAAUUUGUCAAACAAACAAAUCAUUGAAGUUGCAUGUGGGUCUUAUCAUUCUUUGGCCCUAACAUCUGAUGGAGAGGUAUUUGCCUGGGGUUAUAAUAACUCUGGACAGGUAGGAUCUGGAUCUACAGCUAACCAGCCCAUCCCUCGAAGAGUCACUGGAUGUUUACAGAAUAAAGCAGUUGUGAACAUAGCAUGUGGCCAGAUGUGCUCAAUGGCGGUUGUGGACACUGGGAAGGUCUAUGUAUGGGGUUACAAUGGUAAUGGGCAGCUGGGACUGGGCAGCAGUGGCAACCAGCCAACUCCCUGUAGAGUGGCAGCUCUGCAAGGCAUUCGUGUCCAGCGGGUUGCCUGUGGCUAUGCACAUACCUUAGUAUUAACAGAUGAAGGUCAAGUGUAUGCUUGGGGUGCAAAUUCUUAUGGCCAGUUGGGCACUGGCAAUAAAAGCAACCAGUCCUAUCCUACUCCUGUUAUUGUGGAAAAGGACAGGAUCAUAGAGAUUGCAGCCUGUCACUCCACCCACACGUCAGCUGCUAAGACCCAGGGUGGGCAUGUGUACAUGUGGGGCCAGUGUCGGGGCCAGUCAGUGAUCCUCCCUCACCUCACCCACUUCUCCUGCACCGAUGAUGUGUUUGCCUGCUUUGCCACCCCUGCUGUCACCUGGCGCCUCCUCUCUGUGGAACCCGAUGAUCACCUCACUGUGGCUGAAUCACUGAAGAGGGAAUUUGACAACCCAGACACUGCAGACCUCAAGUUUCUGGUUGAUGGAAAAUACAUUUAUGCACACAAAGUUCUUCUUAAAAUUAGGUGUGAGCAUUUUCGUUCUUCAUUGGAGGACAAUGAAAAUGAUAUUGUAGAAAUGAGUGAAUUUUCAUAUCCUGUGUACCGAGCCUUCCUGGAAUACCUAUACACAGAUAGCAUCAGUCUGUCUCCUGAGGAGGCAGUAGGAUUGCUAGAUUUGGCUACAUUUUAUAGAGAAAAUCGUUUGAAAAAGCUCUGCCAACAAACGAUCAAGCAUGGAAUCUGUGAGGAGAAUGCUAUUGCUCUACUCUCUGCUGCUGUGAAAUAUGAUGCUCAGGAUUUAGAAGAAUUCUGCUUCACGUUUUGCAUAAACCAUUUGACUGUAGUAACACAAACUGCAGGCUUUGCAGAAAUGGACCACGAUCUUCUGAAGAGCUUCAUCAGCAAAGCCAGCAAAGUGGGAGCCUUUAAGAAUUGACCCGCCUGUUUGUGAGAAAGAUGUUAAGUCUUCACAUUUGCUGCAAAUGAGCCAUCGAUGGAGAACUUUAAAAAUUGAUCCCAGGGCGGAGAGAUGGUUCAGUGAUUAAGAUGCUUGUUUGCAAAGCCUGACAGCUUGGGUUCAAUUCCCCAGUACCCACGUAAGCCAGAUGCAGGGUGGUGCAUGUAUCUGGAGUAUGUUUAAGGUGGCAGACCAUGGUGUGCCCGUUCUCUCUCUCUCUCUUUUCUAUGUACUUACUAAGAAAUAAAAGUUUAAAAAAUAAUUGAUUCCACCUGUGGGAAAGGAGAUGACAACUCUUCACGUUUCCCUGCAAAACAAGCCACUGAUGAACAAUUUCUCUAUAAUUAACAGUAUUUGUGAUGAAUGUGUCUGGCUGAAUUCUUGUGUUAUGUCAGAAGGAUGGUAGUCAGCCUUCUCCAUCUGCUUAAACUCAAGAGUUUACAUAGGAAGCAUUGACUUCUCUUUCUUCUUUGGAAUCACUUAAGUUUGAUUCCUUUGUCACAUUGGUAUAAUUGUCUGUGCUCUUUUGGCUAGUUGUUCUGGCUGAUAUUGUAGCUGGACAAGGAAGAGUGACUACACACCUUUAGCCUCUAGCAUAGUGCCUUCAGCACAGGCACUCAAGUUAGUGUAAAUCUUAAGGGUGGCCCAAGAAUAGCUUUGUUUGUAGAAUAUAUGAUGCAGGAAUAAGUUAUACAAAAGAAAUUUAGAAUAGCCUGUGAUUAUUAAAGUUCCUUUUAUUCUCGCUUAUUGUUCUCAAAUAUAGCUGAUGUAGAAUUCGCAAAAGGCCUUAGCAAAUAUAUUGUCAAAGGCCCAAGGGCUAAUAAUGAAUCAUUAAUUUCUUAUUUGGGAUUACUGAAUAUUAAGUAUAUCUUUUGGAUGAAUGUUAUUUCUGGUGUCAUCUGCCUUACACAAUGGCCUUUGUUUUUCUUUGUGGUAAGAAUCUCUCUGUAAGUGGAAUGACUAUAUGUUUUUCUUGGCUUUUGUUACUAUAAAAAAUGUUUCUUGAUGGGACCUGAGCAUAAUUGUACUAGAUGAAAGGAACUAAUAGAUUUCAUGGAUUGUGUUAGCAAAAAUGAGAAAAAUGUAUAAGUUUUGGAUGAAAACAAGCCACUCAGUAGCAAAAGAGAAACUAACAGGAAGUAGUAUUAGACUCUUCUAGCAAGUGAUUAAAUAUGUUAUGUAAAGAAAACCUUUUUGGAAAUAGAAAUCUUCUGAUGCAGAAGUAUUUGAUAAUAAAGUGUUUAUUUGUAGAUAACAGAACUAAGAAGCAACAAAAUAAAAAUAAAAUGUCAACCUUA